AUAAAGCUGCUGGAUUCUCAAGCAUUCAAGACCCUCAAAGCUUUGAUCCAUUUUCUCCAAGAACUCAACAAGUCCAUAUAGAGAAGCAGAUGGCGGUUGCUCACUGGCUGGUUCUUUUUGUUACGGUAAUUGUGGUGAGCAAUAUGCGGGAUGUGAAUGGCGCGUUACUAGCAGCGACCUUGGAAGCGAUAACUAAAGCUAACGUGAACGGCCCUUACAUCGGCAUCGUGAUUCCCAAUCUUUUCGAGAUGGGUCCACUUCUUAAUUCAUCGAACUACAGCGCUGCUGAAAUCAUAGAUUUCUCAGGUAGAAGAUUUCGAUUCGGGACAGUCGAAGAGAGGAAAGUCAUACUGGUCAUGACAGGACUGAGUGUGAUAAACGCAGCCAUCACCACGCAGCUUCUGCUAAGCUUCUUCAAUGUGGAGGGAGUAAUUCAUUACGGAAUUGCUAGGAAUGCUAACCCCGAUUUGCACAUCGGAGACGUCGCUAUUCCCCAGUAUUGGGCACAUACCGGUCUUUGGAAUUGGCAGAGAUAUGGGCAGGGUCCAGAAGAUGAACUCACAUUGGAAUCAAACGGAGACUACACGAGAACGCUUGGGCACUUGAGGUUUGCGAAUUACACUACAAACGUCACGGGUUGUGCUUCACACGACAAUCUCUUGAACAACAUAUGGUAUCAACCGGAGGAAGUGUUUCCCGUCACAGGAACUCCUGAAGAAAGACAACACGAGUUCUGGGUCCCCGUCGGUUCCACCUACUUCGCAGUGGCCAAGAAGCUUGAGGGCUUGAAAUUGAAACCUUGCGUGACCACGUGCUUAAACUACACGCCGAGUGUAAGCACCGUUGAAAGAGGCAUAAGUGCCAGCAUCUACCUUGACAACAGCGCCUACCGGAGCUUCAUCUACGACAAGUUCAAUGUGAGCCCUGUGGACAUGGAGAGCGCAUCGGUCGCCCUAAUCUGUUACCAGCAGAAUACGCCUUUCAUCGCCAUCAGGGCGCUCUCUGACUUGGCCGGCGGUGGGUCUGCCGAGUCGAACGAGGCCGACACUUUCGCUGACCUCGCCUCGGACAAUGCGGUGAUGGUCGUGGUGGAGUUUAUAAAGCAGCUUUCCUCCGAAACUCUCUCUAAUGGCAAGAUUGGCAGCCUAAUAUAAUGUUCUAUUGUCAAUAAUAAUGCAAUGAUCCAUUGCGUUUGUGUCUAUUUGCGUAGCAACAUGAACCCUGAUGGGCCUUGGACCUUGGCAUAGCUGGGGAAGAAACUUCAGCAGUGACCGACUGCCUCAAAAAUUUCCCAUAUCAUUUCCCUUACUUUAAAUCCUCCCAUAGUAAUAAAAGAUCAAAGUCACGAGGGUUUGAUGAUUCGAAA